CCCAACAUCACCUACCUGCUCCAUCCAGCACAACAGGGAGGAGGACGCACAAGUGCAGGCGCGUCCAUGCGUUCCAGCCGAACAAGACAAUAAGCGGGCAAAAGGACCACAAAUCCAAAAAUUGGAAUAAGAGUUUAUAUAACAGCCUACAUGAGUACAUGGUAAGAAGAGCCAUGCAUCUCAACAGAGAAGAAGAUAACAGCAAAGGCUCAGUGUCUCUCAGUGUAUUCCUGGUGUCUGUUGCAUCCGUAGUAUGUGCCGUUUGGCUGGUAGCUCUAUGUGGCGUCUGCACCUGGUGUCAACGUAAACUGGGGAAGAGGAAUAAGCCUGGGGUAGAGGCUGCCAGCUCUCCAGACUCUGUGAGAGGUCGAGGGGAAAAUAAAGCCAUCAACCACAAUGACCUGGACAGAGACUUUUGGAAUAACAAUGACAGCAGCAACGUGCAACAGAGGUGGAGCUCCUACCCGCCCAAGGAGUUCCUCUUAAACAUGUCUCCCUAUGCUCCCUACGGAGACCCUCGCCUCACGCCCAAUUUCGGGGACGCUUCCCUCUCAUCUGCUUCCACCCUGGAGCACAUCCCGUCCUCGGCCGUGGCGCGCCCUCGUCCCCUGGUCCGGCAGCAGAGCCUCCAACAGCCCCUCACUCACCAGCCUCCUCCGGGCCCUAACGACCCCCCAGUCACCUCACAGAGCCUGGGCCAGCUGCACACAGGCCCUGGUGGCGGGGGGCAUCGUGGGGGCCCGCGCGGGGUCCGGGGCAGUCCUGCUGGUGCCUCUCGGCACAGAGGAACAGGCGCAGGUCGAUCGAGGUCAAAUCCUGGCAGCUGGGAUCACAUGAUGGAGCAGAUCCGCCACAGAGGGCUGGACGUCAAGUCGUUUUUUGAGGGGAAGAUGGUUGUUCUGUCUCUAGCGAUCGGCCUGGCUGAACAGGAUGACUUUGCCAACCUCCCAGAUCUACAGGAAGCUCCAGCAGAUGAAACCACACCAGAAAAGAGGACUCCGGGUAACAAACCAGGCAGCAGCCCCAGAGGUCAGACCCCAGACGAGACCGGACGCCGCCACGAUGCUAACUCCUCUGUUUCUGACUUGGCCAAUUCCGUCACCAGUGACAUGCUCAUGUUGUCUCCAGGUUCGGAGGAAGAUGACCACGAGGGUCCAGUGUGUGAGAAACUGGGUCGUGUUCAGUUCAGCGUUGGAUACAGUUUUCAGGAUUCCACCCUGACUGUCAAAAUACUCAAGGGACAGGAUUUGCCUGCUAAGGACUUCUCCGGCACCUCUGACCCGUUUGUCAAACUCUACCUGCUGCCAGACAAGAAGCACAAACUGGAGACCAAAGUCAAGAGGAAGAAUCUGAACCCUCACUGGAAUGAGACCUUCCUGUUUGAAGGGUUCCCCUAUGACAAGGUGGUCCAGAGGACUCUAUACCUGCAGGUUCUGGACUACGACCGCUUCAGCAGGAACGACCCCAUAGGAGAGGUGUCCAUCCCCCUCAACAAACUGGACCUGGCCAACAUGCAGACUUUCUGGAAGGAACUCACACCAUGUAGCGAUGGCAGCGGGAGUCGAGGGGAUCUGCUGGUGUCUCUGUGCUACAACCCCACAGCCAACACCAUUACUGUGAGCAUCAUCAAAGCCCGCAACCUCAAAGCCAUGGACAUUGGAGGCACUUCUGACCCCUAUGUAAAAGUCUGGUUGAUGCACAAGGACAAGCGUGUGGAGAAGAAGAAGACGGUGGUAAUGAAGCGCUGUCUGAACCCGGUUUUCAACGAGUCCUUCCCCUUUGACGUGCCUGCCCACGUGCUGAGGGAGACCACCAUAAUUAUCACCGUCAUGGACAAGGACAGGCUCAGUCGCAACGAUGUCAUUGGAAAGAUUUAUCUUUCAUGGAAGAGCGGCCCUGCAGAGGUAAAACACUGGAAAGACAUGAUGGGUCGUCCUCGUAAUCCCGUGGCCCAGUGGCAUGCUCUCAAGGCCUGAGGGACCCAGCAACCAACCUGCCUACAGUGUUUUUCCCCUCAGAAUUCAGCAUCAGCCUCUCAGCCCCUGCCUGCCCCUCUGCACAUAUCCCCCUACUCCCUAACUGCAGUCUCAAGCUGCAGACAAUGUGUGUCAUCUCUUUGUUCUCAGGCCUCUUUGAUAUCCUCCGCCCUCAACCCUCGUGACACCAUCCUUAAAUUUCACCCUCGUCAAAUUUUGAUUCCCACCUGACCCCCGUCUCAUCUCUUCGUCUGAUCUUAAAAACAUCUUUGAUGUCUUUACUCACUUCCUCCUUGUGACCUAUUUCUUUCCUCCACCUUGUCACCUAUUCCCAGUGUUUAACAUCGGAGCAGUACCUCUUGCCACCCAUGAAUACAGACUACCAACCAAAAAUCAUCAAACUGAUAUUCCAACCAUUUUAUGUGGUGGCAAGACGGGCUGCGUUCAAACCAUUUACCACCUACAUCUGAUGUUGCAGUGAGGAAUCUUUCACUCUGCUCCUCGCCUCUUCUUUCAAGUCCUUUUCUGUUACUGUCAUCAUUCCUCCAUACAAUUAAAACGCCUGAAGAAUCAGGAAAACCGACACAGGCAAUGGAAGAGUGAUGGGCUGUAUUUAAAAUGGAAUUGGACUCUUAUCACUCAGUUGGUGUUUGAUCUUUUUCACUUUUCACUCUUUUUCUGGCACCACUGUAAUAAUUCUCUCUUGGCUGGAACCCUUCGUUGUGUGUGCGUGCUGUGGGUGAUGUGCUGUAACCCCAAAUGAAGUUUGUCAACAAAAAAAAAAAGGAUAUGAACAUUUACCGCUGGUCCAAUAAGGCAAGUGUCAAAAAAAAAUGUUUCUUUUUUUUGGAAAAGAAAUCCCGAUGGACAGAAAAAAAGAGUCAAGUGAUUAAUGUUGUGUUUUCUUUUUUGGUAUUCAAAAGAACUUAGAGAAUCAACCUGUUCUUCCAGACACAGAAAAUAAGCAAAAAGCCAGCUUCCUUAAGUGUGGAAGUGUGGAAUUGUGGAAUUGUGGGUGUGUGUGUGUGUGUGUGUGUGUGUGUGUGUGUGUGUGUGUGUGUGUGUGUGUGUGUGUGUGUGUGUGUGUGUGUUUUUUUACUCCUCUCACCUGUGAAGGAGUGUGAAGGAGUAUUUUAAACUGUUUAGACUUAAACAGCUAAAUUAUGAUAAGACUAAGACAUUGUUGAAAACAGCCCUUGAUAAUGAUAAUUAAAAUAAGGUAUUGUUAAAAUUUGUGGUGUUAAAGGUAGCUGAAGGUGUGGGGAGGUCACUGAGGUUAAAGGGCCAGUCCGCCCAAAUCACAGACACACGCAUAGUAUUUUCUAACAUACCCCUUUCUAGCAAUAUAUAUGUUGUGGAUUUGAUCCCCUGAAAUCACUGCUGCCAUCCCGGAGAGAUGAAUAGGAUUUCAUUAUGAUGCUCACUGCAUUUGUAAUGGCUUUGAAAAAUGAAUCAACAGCAGUUUGUUUCCCAGAAACAAUGUUCUGGUUAAUCUGAUAAUCUACAAACCCUCAGUGAAUGGUUUUCACUGGGACUGAAAGAAAUCAGUGGAAAUUGCUAUAUUAAUUAUUUGAGCAAAACAAAAACAAAUGUGCCUCCAUCACAUUUCGGUGGUGGGAGAGCUCUCAGUGACACCACGGAAACGGAAACUUCCUGCAUGACUUGAUAUCACGAGGGGUACGUGGGCAAAGCAUGUUCUUGUUGUCAUGACGAAACAAUCUUAACUCAAGGUCCCCUUACUAGCUUUUUACUUAUGUUUUUUCAACCACAUCUCACAGUUUUCCUCAGCAGACGGAGUUUGCUCAGUUGAAUCCAGAUCACCUGGUGGUAAACGGACUCAACGGCCCACUUGCGCACCAAACCAAAGACAUCAGUGGCAGCGCCUAAACACCCUGAGGAAGACCAAAUGAAAAUAAGUGGAAACAAGGGUCGCACAGCACCGCCUCACAAGUGGUGAGUUUUGAUGCGGCACCACUUUGGGAUAUUUCCGCCUUCCAAAAGAUGCAGUCAAAAGGAAAGGCUAGAAAGUGGAUCUUUAGUUUAGAGGGUUUUUACACUACACUCAUAUUGUGUGAUUUGGAUAAACUGACAAUUUAUGAAAGCAGGCAGUAAAUCCACUUAUUAUGGUUAUAGACUGUUUUGUGUUAAGAAAUCUGAUUAAAUAAAUAAAAGUGCACUAUCCCUAUCAAGCCAUGUUACUAUCUGUCUAUCAAAUGCAUUAAUCUGUGCAUCAAACCUGGAAUAGGCAUUUUACAGAGCACUAUGAGUCCAAGGACGGUCUUCCAGGUGUUUGCUUCACUGCCCGAGUGUGACCUCCCCCACGUCCCAUAUAGACAUUCAUGAAAUACAUGAGUAAUAAUAUUUAGGGGGAAAAGUCUUUUUACAUUCCACUGUUCGUUUUUGUCUACUGGAUGUGAGUAUGUGUGUGAGUGUCAAAUAUUUGAACUUUAGUUUGUGUGAUUGUAUUUACUGUGAGUCCCUCUGUGUAUAUAUCUGCACUGAGUUCUAUUUUGCCAGUUUAAUACAGAACGUUGUUUGCCGUUUUUAUUCUGUAUAAAACAAUCCAGAUGUAAAAAGAAAUGUGUUUUUUUUUAUUUAUUUAUUUAUUUUUUUAAGUUGUCACUUCUUUAAGAAUCACUGCACUGGUUGAUGAUGAUGCUGGAACAAACCUCUCUUCAUAGCAGGGUUUUUUUCCUCGUGUGGUUUUUAAGAACGCUUGGUUUGAUAUGGAGGCAAAUCUGUUGUACAUGAGCGGAGAGUGAAGGUCAACGGAACAAAUGGUCACAAACAAGCUUUGCAACAGAUAGAUGGAAACCUGCUUUCUUUUACCAUCAUAGGUCAUUUUUAGUUCAGACAUAAGCAGCUACUAACAUUUUGUCCCAUCUGUCCUUCCGAUCUGAUUCACCAAGACCAAAAAAAAUGAAAGGUGGCACCUUAACAUCACAGCUGACGUUCCCCCAAAACACCCCCGUCGUGCACACAUGCUUACUGGCACAAAGUGUUCUGUGUGUGCCUUAUAAACCCUGCCAAGCCUUUGCUCUUCACCAUAUGUGCUCCCCCUCUCCAAGUGUCAGGGAAAGGGGGGAGGAAAAAAAGGUGAGACAGGAGAUAAUAAUCACCUCUUUGCAUCACUGUUAGCUACGUCUCAGGUCAGAGCAGAGCAUCGGAGCAUCCCAAAAUAACCAGGAACAGUCACCUGUCUGUUCUGACGGCCCUGUGUGUGAAACAAGGCAUUAUUUCAGUGCUGCUGACAAAGUAUUACAUUCCAAAGGUUUAGUGAAAGUCACUUUAAUCAAUGCAACUUAAAUAUUGGUUAAAUAACCGUCAGGUUUUGGUAUAUUUUAGUUUAAGGAAAUCGAGCUAGAUCUUGUCUGUCUAUACUCUUCACUGGCCAAAUACCAUAAACUGGUAAAUUUAACUGGACAGGCUCGCAUUUCUGAUUUAGGGCAUUCUCUUGGGGGACUGCUUGAGACAAAGAGAGGUUAACCAGCAACAUUUUAAUUUAUAUACUGUACAAAUGAUUGUGAAGUGUCCUGUUUGAAAAGAAAUGAAAAAAAUCAUCAGUAUUUACUGGGGUUGUGGAUAUCUGUCUGUCCUUGGUAUCACUCAGCCCCCUCUUUCACUCCCUUUUCUCUUUGUAGUUACACAUCCGUGGGGUGCACAAUGUUAAAUAUCAAUCAUUUAUUUUUUUGAAAUCUGUACAGUGUAUAUAAAAAUAUAAAUGUGUAUAUAAAACAAA